CCGGUAGUGAAAGGCGCUACCGUCGAAUAAAUAAUAAAUUUAAGUGGGAAUUAAACACAAUUCUUAUUUGAUUUUAUUUGAUGACUGCAAACCUUUAUAUUCGUGAUCUACAAACGACUUCCUACAAAACUAGUUGUAGUUUGAGUGAAAAAAUUACCUGCCCCCCGAGAACUGAGUUAAUAAAAUCUAGAGCACCCACUCUUCAGUUGGUAACGAAUCGACACGUUCUUAUCCACAUGGAGUUCCUAACCUCCAGAAAGACCUCACUGUAGUGUUUGCCCAGGUAGAAUGUACAUAAACGAAUGUAUUUACACGUGUGACUAGAGAUCAAAUAAUUAUUGAUCAAUUUUUGAGUGAAACAUUUACAAAAUGUUGACAACAAAGACGUUCUUCAGAAAAACCAAAAGUGGAAACAUCUUCAAGAUCUCGAGAGAUCACUACCUCAGGGAUGAUAUCUGGUGCGGUUCAGAGGCAUGUGACGUCUGCAAGCUCAAGCCUUCAGGAAAAAUCCUUGACGAGAAUAGCCCAGGGGCCAAGAGCACAUUAAUCGAAGGUGCAUACUACCUUUUGCUAGACACCAAUAUCAUUCUUGACCAGAUCCACAUCCUCGAGGAAGAAGUCCUGUGCAACGUGGUGAUCCUUCAGACAGUUCUGGAGGAAGUGAAGCACCGAAGUUCCAAUGUUUACAAAUGCCUCGCGGACAUAAUCACAAAUCCAAAUAGGAAAUUCUACGUUUUUGUUAAUGAACACCGCAGGGAGACCUACGUGGAGCGAGUCAAAGGGGAGAGUGCCAAUGAUAGAAACGAUAGAGCGAUCAGGGAGGCUACUAAGUGGUACAAUAACCAUCUGUUCCACCAGGAUACCUCGAAAAGGAUUAAGACGAUUUUGUUGACAGACGAUAAUGAUAAUAAGAUGAAAGCCCAGAAGGAGGGGCUUUUAGCUUACACGAUGGAAGAAUACGUUGGAUCACUGGAGAAUGCAGGACUGGGUUUGAUGGAUAAAUUAAGUAAACGUAAUUAUAUUGUGGAGGGUGGUAGAGGGGAGUCCCUGUUUCCCAGUCAUCUGACUCCAGCUGAGAUCCACGCAGGUAUCAGCAAUGGAAAGCUCCUCCAGGGAUCAUUCAGCGCGUCCAGGGAAAAUUUCUUGGAGGGAACUGUGAACGUUAAUGGGAUAGAUAAAUUUGUUUUGGUUCAAGGAAGAGUGGGAUUGAACAGAGCAGUGGAUGGGGAUAUUGUUGCUUUGGAACUACUCCCAGAGGAUCAGUGGACUGUACCCAGCGAUAUAGUCCUUGAGGACGAGGACGAUGAAGAUCCUGGAGAUGUACUGGAUGAGGAGAAGGAAUUUAUACAAAAGCCAACGAAGAAAGUUGAACCUACACCAACUGGCAAAAUUGUUGGCAUCAUUCGAAGAAAAUGGCGACAGUACUGUGGUAUAUUGCAGCCAAACGCAAUCAAGGAGAAUGUUCGACAUCUCUUUGUUCCCGCUGAGAGGAAAAUCCCGAAAGUAAGAAUUGAGACCCGUCAGGCGGAGAAUCUGUCCAAGCAGAGGAUCGUUGUAGCCAUUGACUCGUGGCCGAGAACUUCAAGGUAUCCACUGGGGCAUUUUGUGAGAGCUCUUGGCAACGUCGGUGAUAAAGAAACCGAGAAUGAGGUGCUUCUCCUGGAGCAUGAUGUGCCGCACUCUAGGUUCUCCGACGACGUUCUCAGUUUUCUUCCUAAACUGCCGUGGGUUAUUACAGAGUCGGAUGUCGCCCAAAGGGAAGAUUUACGUCACAUCGAUGUCUGCUCGGUCGAUCCCCCCGGCUGCACGGACAUUGACGAUGCUCUUCAUUGCCGAGAUUUGAAAAAUGGCAACCUUGAAGUGGCUGUUCAUAUAGCAGAUGUAUCGCACUUUAUUCGACCUGGUACUGCAUUGGACAAAGAAGCUGCAUCCAGAGCUACUACCGUUUAUCUCGUGGAUAAGAGAAUUGAUAUGGUGCCAGAAUUACUCAGUUCAAACUUAUGCUCCCUAAGAGGCAACGAGGAGAGAUUCGCAUUUUCCUGUCUCUGGGAGAUGGACCAUGACGCCAACAUCAUCAAUACUCGUUUCUGUAAAUCAAUAAUUCGUUCUCGUGCCGCAAUGACGUACGAAGAGGCUCAAUUGAAAAUCGAUGAUCCGAGCCAGGAUGACGCGAUAGCCAAGUCUCUCAGGGGUCUUAAUACUUUAGCUAAGAAGUUGAAGAGAAGACGAAUUGAAAAUGGGGCAUUGAUAUUAGCAUCGCCGGAGAUACGUUUUCAAGUGGACAAUGAGACACACGACCCGAUUGAUGUCGAGGCGAAAAAAAUGCGAGAAACGAACUCCAUGGUUGAGGAGUUUAUGUUGUUGGCUAAUAUUUCAGUGGCAAAAAAAAUUGUGGAGGAAUUCCCGGAGUGCGCAAUGCUUCGAAGACAUCCAGAGCCACCGCAAUCCAACUUCGAGCCCCUGGUGAAGGCUGGUAAACACCAGGGCUUCCAAAUAAAUACACUGUCGGGAAAGGAACUGGCGAAAUCACUUGAAUCAGCUUACAAAGAGGAUAAUCCUUACUUCAAUACGAUGCUAAAGAUCCUGGCAACUCGGUGCAUGAUGCAGGCUGUUUAUUUCAUCAGCGGAAUGGUUCAACCAGCUGAAUUCUUUCAUUAUGGCCUGGCCUGUCCCAUCUACACUCACUUCACAUCUCCCAUCCGGAGAUACGCCGACAUAAUUGUUCACCGACUCCUAGCUGUUUGCGUGGGUGCUGAUGCCACGUAUCCAGAGCUUCUCGAUAAGAAGAAGAGUCAUGCACUUUGUCAUAAUUUGAAUUACAGAAAUAGAAUGGCACAGUACGCUGGGAGAGCCUCGGUUGCUCUUAAUACUCACCUGUUUUUCAGAGAGCGGGUCGAGACGCAAGCUGGCUAUAUUCUGUUUGUCAGAAAGAAUGCACUGCAGAUACUCAUUCCCAAGUAUGGCUUGGAGGGAAUACUCUAUUUAAAUAAGAAAGGAGAACUUUCAACGGCUAAUUUUGUGUAUAAUGAUGAGGAGCACACGCAAACUUGUGGAGAUGUUGUGUUGAAAAGUUUUGAUCCUGUAGAGGUGCAGUUGAGUCUUGAUAGAUCUAAUGUGCAACAUGAAAAACUUGUGUUCAAAUUGGUUAAGCCCGAGAUACCAGGCUUCAGUGUUUCUUCAAAGAAAUCUGAGCCGGAGUCCAAUAACGUCGAUAUGGUAGACGUAACAAAGCGCAAAAUUUUAGAGUCCGAUGCGGACAGCCCAGAACCAAUCAAGAAGAAAGGACGAAAGAAAAAGAACAGAUAUUAAUUGUUAUUUUUUAUUAACAGUGAAAAUGUCUAUUUAUAACAUUGUCUAUCAUAUUGUGGGCACAUGCCCAACAACAACGGAAGAAUAAAGAAAAACGUUUCAUACA